CUCCGCCGGAAAACUCUGAAACACUUCUCCUCUCUUUCUUAAACCCUCACCGCCGGGAACAUAGACAAAGAGUAGCCAUGAAAGCUUCGAUGAAGUUUAGGGAGGAACAAAAACCUCUGUUUCGAGCAAAAGUGCCUCUCAAUAUUCUUGGGUUUCCGUUUCAAUCGGGUGUUGUAGCCGGUGAAUCUAAAGAGCUGUCGUUGAAUCUCAGCACUUUCUUCGAAUCCGGUCCGUCUGUGAAGGUCGCUUAUCGUCCAAAUGAUUCAAUUAAUCCGUUUAGUCUCGUAUUCAAGACCGGAAUCGGGCAUUUGGGUUCUCCGAUUUCUAGCUCAUUGAACAUGAGCGCUGAAUUCAAUUUGAUUGGAGGCGCUCAAAACCCUAGUUUUUUUGUUCACUUCAAGCCUCAAUUCGGCGAUUUCACCGUCAAAAAAACUCAAUCGUCGGUGUUUAAGAAGCAAAUGAACAGCGGUGGUGGUGUUCCAGAUGAAGAUGUGCCGGUAAUUGUUGAUUUGUUUGAAAACGGCAAGAAAUUUUCCAAUUCGCCGCUGGAAUCUCCUGCCGCCGGCUUGCUGAAAGGCGUCUUAUCCGACGUCGAAAUGACCGCCACGACCACCGUCCCUUUGAGGAAACAAGCUAAUUUGAAUUUCCGAUGGGGAUUUAGACUACCGGCGACGGAGGAAACGGCGAUGGUGCUGAUGAAGAAGAACAACAAAUCAACGGCCGGGAUUUCUUUCCAGACACUUCCGGUUUUGAUCAUCAACAAGAUCGGGAUCGAACACGUGGCACGUGACCAUUGCAGGACCUCAAGCAAAGCGGGGCCAGGAUCCAGUGACGUGGCAGAUGCCUUUUUGGGUGUCAAGAAACAGCUGGAGAUGAUACAAGCUGAAAACGGGAUGUUAAGGAAAGCCAUGGAUAACUUGAAGGCUGAAUUUUCCGCCGUCAAGUCUGGCAAUAACGCCGUUAGAUUUAACGGCGGAGACAAGGGACAUUUUGGAAGAAAGGCCAUGGAUGAUGAUCUUGUGAAUGAUGAAUUGAAGAAUGGAUCGAAGGGUAUUUCAGACAUUUGAUUAAAUUUGUCGAAACUACGGGUUUUGAUUUUCGAGAAAUUAAAAUUUCGAAGUAUGAAAUGAAAAAUAAAUCUCUUAUAAUUCAUGAAGGUUAUUGAUGUAAUUCUCCUCUUGCACAUCGUAUCAACUUAAAUUUUAUAAAAUUUCGUGUUGUUUGGAA